UCUAGCUAGUGUAAGAGUUGUCUGCUCGGUUGGUUGUUGUGUUUACUUACACUGUUUAUUUCGUCAGUGUAAAUUAUAAUAGGUUCUUGCCGAUUAUCUAUUUUUAAAAUAUUCACUAGUAAUAGCGGUAUUUUUAUAUUACCGCAACCUUCUUUUAUUCAUCUGAUCUAUUUUUAACUCAUAAGGCGAUGAAUGAGCAAGAUUUGCACCUGGCCAAGGCAAUGGUCCGCAUGGAUCUGCAGGAGAGCCCCAAACAACCCCGCAAGACUGUCGUUAGCAAAGUGCAGGAGAAACUGCAAAACUUCAGUGGUGGCUUGACGGUGGAGGAUGCUGUUUUGGCACAAGACGACCAGAAUCUCUACGACUGGGCAAACAGAAGUGGUAGCUCGUCGUCGACUGAAGACGUGUUGCCUGGUUUGGUCCAUUAUGUUCCUUUUGUCAGCAGUAGUGUCAUCAGGAGGACCCGGUCCCUCAAUGCUCCCAGCCCCAUACAACAGUUCGGCCCUUGUGGUCGGAUAAUGAAAAAUUCUGCCAUGGUCAUGACCAUACAGGACCCAGCCAGCCAGAGACUGACCUGGUACAAGCCUCCUCUCACUGUCCUUGUCAUCAAGAAGGUGCGAGAUGUCUCUGUGUUGAGUCCCUUCGUACAACUCGUCCGUUGGCUCAUAGAGGAGAAGCGCAUGGUGGUGUUUGUGGAACAGUCAGUCAUGGAUGACUCUCUGUUGGUGGCCAACUCUGACUUUUCCAACGUCAAGGAGAAACUCAUGACAUUCCGAGACGGCAAAGAUGACCUUACAGAUAAAAUAGACUUCAUUAUCUGUCUGGGAGGGGAUGGCACAUUGCUAUACGCCAGUUUGCUCUUCCAACAGUCUGUUCCUCCUGUGAUGGCGUUCCAUCUCGGCUCUCUAGGCUUUCUCACACCCUUCGAGUUUGAGAACUUCCAGGAACAAGUCACCAACGUUUUGGAAGGCCACGCAGCUCUGACUCUUCGCAGCAGACUAAGGUGUAUCAUCAUGCGCAAAAACGAAGAAGUGUCUAAGUCCAAGCCACCCACCAACCUGCUGGUCCUCAAUGAGGUUGUGAUUGACCGAGGACCAUCACCUUACCUCUCCAACAUCGACCUGUUCUUGGACGGCAAACAUAUCACAUCUGUGCAAGGCGACGAGCCCCCGGGAGGGAAUUCCAAGAAAAGAGAGAGACAGAGAGCUUUGGCUAUAGGUUUGAUUGUGUCGACACCCACAGGCAGCACAGCGUAUGCAGUAGCCGCAGGUGCCUCCAUGAUCCAUCCCAGCGUCCCCGCCAUCAUGGUCACCCCUAUCUGCCCCCACUCUCUCUCCUUCAGGCCCAUUGUUGUGCCCGCUGGAGUCGAGCUCAAGGUCAUGUUAAACAACGACGCUCGCAACACUGCUUGGGUCUCGUUUGACGGACGUAACCAGCAAGAGUUGCAUGUAGGAGAUAGUUUGCGGGUCACUACGUCUAUCUACCCGGUACCGAGUAUCUGCUCACAAGAUCAGAUAUCUGACUGGUUUGAUUCUCUGGCCGAGUGUCUGCACUGGAACGUCAGAAAGAGGCAGAAACAUCUUGAUGAACUUAGCGAUCUGACUCACUCAACGAGCAACGACACGCUCGACUCUCUAGACCACACCGAGCAGCUUGACAGCUAGAACAUGGUCAACAGAAGUAAAACAGGACAAUAAUAAAGGGCCAAAGGUCUCUGCAGCCUGGAAAGAAAAUUAAGAUUUUGCUGCCGUGCAACCUUAACCAAUUAAUUUUGUAUUUCUUAGUUACAAGUUACGUUUUUAUAUUUAUUGAAUGUACUUUUAUGGUGACUGGAAUAGUGUAGGUAUUGUAAGAAGAUUGAACGUAUCAGUGAGUGUUUGAGAGUGUGAAUGUUUGCGUACAACGCUGCGAUGUGAUAUGUACAGUUGUUAGAACGUAGUUUUAAUCCAUUUUGUAUUUGAUAUUGCCACAGUGAGGUUUAGAUUUCUGACAAGAUUAUUACAUAUAUUUAACAUUUCCUGUUCUUGUGAUAUGCAGUGUUAGGUCCCAAUGUGUUUGUCAAUUCCUCGUGUAUUUUCUUGUGCCUGUCUGUCGUAUCUGGUUAUUUUUAUAGGUUUGUAUUAUGUCUUUGUAUAUUUAUAUUUUAGUAUAAAUUCAUUGUAGAUUGUAAACUUUGUUAGAACUAUGUAAGUAACCUGAUAAAACCGUCAAAUGAAAACAACUGUUUUUAUAAGUUAAAUUUUUAAAUUAAAAGUGUGAAUGGAUUUAUGUUUUUUCAAUCUUUUGGAGUUUUAAUCAUUGAAAUGUUGCCGUUAAAUUUUGUCUUUGACAAUAUUCUUUAUUUUUAUAAUUUUAUAACACAUUGAUUGUUAUAAAACAUCUCUUUUUUAGAAAAGUCUAAACGGAAUUUUCUAUAAAAACGGAUGUUUUAUUAUUUGAUGUAUUUGUAUAUACUUGUUUCAUAGUUGAUUUUGUAUAUUUGAUUUUAAAAAAAACACUGAAUUUGUUAGAUUAUUUUGAAGUCCGAAAAUAAUGUUUGAAACUAAACACUGAACACUAACUUAAGUUUCAAAUUAAUUGUAAAAUCAUUUUAUUUUACUCUAAAUAAAAGUAUUUAUAAAAAACUGAAUUACCAAAAUUUAAUGACACCUAACAAGAAAUGGAAGUGAUUUUUUUGUAUUUCUUACAGCGAGUGUUUUUAUAUAUAUAUAUAUUUUUUAAUGAUCAAGGAAAUUUAUACAGAUACAAUAUUUAAUGCAAAUUAAAACCCUCUGUUGCUUGAUGAAUUAAUUAUCAUCAAACACAAAGUUUAAAGAUUCCAGCCAAACAUUACCAUUAUGAGGGUGAAUAAAUAAAAACAUGUUGAGAUAAAAAUAUAUUCUAUCGGUUUCUAUUUUUUUGUAGAAUGUAUUUGUUAAAUUUGAUUGGUUUUUAAUUUUGUACUUUUGAAAUAAUGUAAUAAAAGAAUCACAAACAUUCAUAA